AAAAGACUGAGAAUGGUGGAGCGGAAGCAGUUCAAGACCAGGCUAUGUGUACCAUAUCAGAAAGGCCGGUGUCCACGCCAAAAUUGCACCUUUGCCCAUGGGAAUGCGGAGCUGCGGCGAUUCUCUGGCUCGUAUAGUGGAUGUUGGAUCACAUUAUCUUGUUUUGAGACUGGUUGAAUUGCAAGCAGUAUGGAUAUUUUAAUUUAGAUGGGAAAAUCUUCAGUAAGGAUUCUGCUGAUUGGUUUAUCAAAAAGUCAAUGCUGGUAUUGUUCUUAACGUUUCCUUUUCAUGGCAACAUAUUUCAUGGAUCACUCCACGAAUCUGUGGAACUACAAAGUACUAGCUGAAGGACCUUGGUCGGGCUUUCUUGGAUUAUUCCUUCAUGUUAUAUUUAGAUCAGAAUCAACUUCAGUGAAUUAUCUAAUCCUUCAUUAUAGCAUGUUCUACUUCUUGAGUGAAUGGAGCUUAUGGUUUUCCUUUUGAUUGACGCUUCUGGAUGAUGUUAUGGUGUGGCUCCUUGUACGAAGGCUGAAUGAAAUUGUUAAAGGGCAUAUUACCAGAAGAAAUCAAAUCUGAUAGCAUGUGGAAGGAUGUUUAUUUUUGUAAAAUCAUCUUGGAGAUAUCUCUACCUUUCGAUUAUAUUUUAUACCAUACCGCCAAACAAGAAGAUGAGGAAGUGAACUGUUCUUAAUCCCAUUUCAACCUUGAUUGCACUUCAAAGAUAUAAGCUACAUGCCUGGGUUUUUAUUUCCGUCGCUAAUUUCUGUCGCCCUUUUGCUCUUGCAUGGGAGGCACUAUAACUAUUCAUUAUUAUGUUUCUCUUGUUAUUCAUCGUGAUGGUAGGCAAGACUAUUCAGGCGGUGACUUGAGAGGAAAACUUGAAAGAAGGCACUUAUCCCCUCGCAGGUUAUCACCAGCUAGAGAUGCAAGGAGCCGCCAAAACAUUCAUGAAUACAGCCCUGGGAGGUCCUUGGAGAAAAGAAGUGAUAGGAAGCGCAAGAGAGACAAGGGCAUUGCAGGACAAACUGGUGUUUCUGGAAGCUUGAGAUUCUCUGAUAGAAUCCAGGAUAAAGUUAAAGAAGGAAAACUGCAUUCCUCUGGUUCAAAAAAUAGUCUUGAGGAGCAGCUGGAAAAAGUACAGACAGAAAUCAACAUGCUUGACCAGCAAAAGUUUCAACUUGGGGUCUGCUUGGAUGAGAGUGUUCAAGAAGUGGAUACCCUUAAUUCUAGAAUUCAGGAACUUCAGGCUCAAUUAUGCAAAGAGAAUGAAGACUGUAAAAGGGUCACGUCAAAAAUAAGGAAGUUUGUUAAAGCACAUAAUCAUAAUGCUCGGUUACAAGAUGAAUUAAAGAGAUCACAAGCUCGACUUCAAAGGUUGGGAGAUCAGCUUGACUCAGACAUAGCUAGAAUUGGUGUCAAUGAAGAAGACUUGAGUAUUGAUAUUGUAAGCAAUGCUGAGGAUGCAGGUUUUCCUUCCAUCUUCAAAGAUAAUGUGGAGCAGAAUGAUGCUUCUCCGCACAGAAAAAGGCUGCCUUUUGGCCAAGAUGCUGUUGAAGAAACAAGACAAGCCAGAACCAGGAAGCGUUCUCGGUGGAGUUUGGCUGCUCAAUCAAAUGAUAAGGAGUAUGAAGGCCUUGAGGCCCCAAAUAAUGGGACUCAAGCAACUAAGCCCCAUAAUAUUGAGGGCAGGCCAAAGAAAGGAACAUCUAGUUCUUCUGGCAACCUUGGCGUAGAAAAGUUGAAGGAAAGUAGGGUUGGUGUGCCAUUAACCAGCAUGGCAGCUCAUGUGGUUGAUGAGGAAGUUGAGAUUGAGCUGGAUGACAACAUUGAGAAAAUUGAAACCGCACCUGCAGAAAAUGAAAAUGAAGUGGCAUUUAAGGUGAGGAGUUUACCACUGCUGCCCCCAACCCUUAGUUCUUCUGGAACGAAUUAUUCACAGUAUGAGGGUGAUGAUGAGAAUGUGGAUGUGGAUGUGGCUUGAUGAGGAGGCGGCAAUUGUACACAUGGAUAUGAUCGAACUUAUAAAUUCAAGCAGUGAUUAUAUUUCUGUGGGUGAGCUGGUGGUUGUAAAAUAUCAAUAUCUGGUAGCAUUUUGGAAUUGAGAUACUUUGGGAAGAAACAAAUGACUCAUGCGUGUUGGCUUUGCAUAGAUGCAAUGUUAUGUUCUGUAUAGUUGGAUUUCUCUGGUUCAUAUCCAAGAGUUAGAAAUUUUGACUAUCAAACCAGAGUAGGCAUUCUCAUUCUGAACGAUGAUUAUACUGGAUAACAUAAUCUUUCUAUGCGAUCUAUAGUAACUGUUUAAACUC